AUGAACGGCUUCCAGAAUCCCCAAGGGCAGCAGCCGCCCCAGCAAUCACCCCAGCAGUCUCUCCAACAACCUCCCCAGCAGCAACAGCCCCAGCAGCAGGCACAACCUCGCCCUAUGCUCUUCAAGCCGGAGCACAUGCGCGCGCUCCCUGAUAAAUUCAGCAUAGAAGAGAAGAAGAAAUGGGAGAAUGGUCUGGCGAUGCUGUACCGACAGAUAGAGGCGAACCCGCCCGACACCCAGGCGCAUCGUGAUGCGGCAAAGAAAAUCCGCGACUUCUCUGUGACUCUACAUAAUAAGAUGCAGGCGACUGCGAACCGUCCACAGGCCAACCCAAAUCAGCAGCGACCACCUAGUCAGGCUCCAUCACAGCAGUCGCAACCUGAUGGUUCUGCACCUCCGUCCCAGCCUCAAGCACCCGCCCAAACUGCCCCAGCGAGGCCUCCUGUAUCCGAAAACAUGCGAAACCAUGUGAAUUCAUUCCCAUACGUUGCGCCAUCAACCUUGGGCCCUGCGGAGGCGGCACAGUGGAUCCAGGAGAUAAAGGGAAAAUACCUGAAGGCGCUUCUUACGAUGGAGAACACGGCGGGAGGACUCAAACGACUUGAGGCCCAGGUGGCUGUGAGGACACAAGGCGGGAAACCCUUAACACCAGAGGAGCAAAAGGAGCUCCAAAUCAAAAAGGAGGCGUUCCAAAAGAACCACGGCGAUGCCAAGCGCUUCGUUGAUCAGUUCCGGAGACAACAGUCAGAUGCAGCAGCACAAGCACAAGCAGGUGGCUCGCAAGCCCAGCAGCAGCCCUCCCACCCACCGCAAGGAAUCGCAGUCCCUCCCCGUCCAACAAUGAACAUCCAACAGCCCGCACAAAGCCAAGCGAUGGCGCAAACCGAAGCGGUGCAGGCCGCGAUGCAAGCAGCGCGAAACCAGCAGGUCAACGGCGGCCGUCCCAACGCCCCGCCCCCAAACCAGCAAAGCGAGCUACAACAACAAAACCAGAGUCAGCCCAUAAACGCAGCAAACGCGGCCGCCAUGCCCCCAUCCCAAAAUGCGCAAGGUGGUGAUGGUGGUGGUGGUGCAGCCAUAAAAUCGGAAAGCGCGACUGCUGGUGGCAGCCUUCCCCACGUCAACACCGCGCUCGCGACAGCCCCGCAUAUCCAGCAGAUGCAGAACCGUCAACCUGCGCAGAAUUCACCACAAUCUGCAGUCCCGCCAUCAGUGACGUCUGUUGGUCCCCCCAAGCCGCUCACGCACUCUGAUGCGGUUGCGCAGGCGGCGCGCACGUAUUCUAGUAGUCAGACUACGGGACAGGCGAGCGUGAUGGCUAGCCACUCGCACCCGCCUUCGCUACCGCGCGAUGCGCCGAAUAUAAAGACGAACCUGAUGCCGAUUCCGAAGGUUCUUCCUCCACGCGCUACGGAGUCGCCACAUCCGAUGCAGAUGCCUCCAACGCGGCCUACGUAUUCGGGGGGGCCUUCGGGGAGUGGGAGUGGACUUAUGCAGCAGCCUGUUAUGCAGAAGGCGCCUGGGUUUAAUGUUGAGGGGGAUGCGGAGAGGGUGCUUAAUAAACGGAAGUUGGAUGAGCUUAUUCGACAGGUUACUGGAGGAGGAGAAGGUCUGGAUAAUUCGGAGGGCCUUACCCCGGAAGUUGAAGAUUGCGUCCUCUCCGUCGCCGACGAGUUCGUCGACCAAGUCAUCACGGCCGCUUGCAAGUGCGCCAAAGCCCGCGGCUCCAAGACCCUUGAGAUCCGCGACAUCCAGCUCAUCCUCGAGCGCAACUACAACAUCCGCAUCCCCGGCUACGCGUCCGACGAGAUCCGCACCGUGCGCAAGUUCCUGCCGGCGCAGGGGUGGAUUGCUAAGAUGAGCGCGGUGCAGGCGAGUAAGGUUACGGGGGGGAAGGCGGAUUUGUGA